GACUAUUCCUCACAACUCACAAACCAUUUUCCAAGUCUUCUCUGCCUCACCUCAUAAUUUCAAACAAUCAACAACUGAUCGGAGCCUCGCCGGAACUCACAACAAUCUUCUUUCUGCUUCUCAAAACUCGAAACAUAUUCAUGGAGAUGGAUAAACAAAUGAUACAAGAGAACGAUGAUCUUCAUCUCAACCUGAGAUUAGGGUUACCAGGAUCCGACGACACAGCAAAGAAAACAAGCGGUACCAAAAGAGCUUCAUCUGAUCAUCAAGAUACAUCACCUCCUCCCACCAAGACGCAAGUCAUUGGAUGGCCACCAGUACGAUCAUACCGAAAAAACAUCCUCCAACAAAAGCAAGAAGAAGGCGCGAUGUACGUGAAAGUAAGCAUGGACGGAGCUCCAUUUCUUCGAAAAAUCGAUCUUAAAGUCUACAACAAUUACCCGGAGCUCCUCGAGGCCUUACAAAACAUGUUCAAAUGCAGCAUAGGCGUGUACUCAGAAAGAGAAGGUUACAAUGGAUCCGAGCAUGCGCCGACUUAUGAAGACAAAGACGGAGACUUGAUGUUGGCUGGAGAUGUUCCAUGGGAGAUGUUUGUGACCUCUUGUAAGAGGAUGAGGAUCAUGAAGGCUUCCGAGGCUAAAGGCUUGUAAUGUUUGUUUGGAGAUUAAUUAAAUACAAUACACAUAUAUAUACGGUAGGGAAUUUAAAGGUUGAGUUAGGGAUCGAUAUUAUAUACUUAUACAGGCUCCUGAGGAAUUAAAAGAUCGGAGCUCCGAGCAGAUGUUCAUAUGGCCGCUUGGGUUUAAUUUUGUUUUUGUUUUGCUUUUUCAUGUACACGGAACUUUGUAGCUACAUGCAGUUGUACAAAGUAACCUCAGUGUCUCUUUUUGUGUUA